UCGAUAUACAACGGCCUCUCGCUCAGAUUAAAGUAAUCCGCCUUAAUCUGCCCCGCUCUGUCUUCCAUCUGCCGGUAUUGCCAGGAUUGAUUAAUAGGCUCGCCGAUUACAAUUACCUGUGUUGUAUAUCUGUGAGCCCAGCAGCGCGAUACACGGAAGGCAGCUGAAAAAGAUGUUACCACUGUCGCAGCUGUGGCAGCGCUCACAGCAUUUCUCCAUUUUCUAAUAUGGACGCGGUAAAGAUGUCUUUAUGGACUGUGGCAUGAUUAAACAAUGUGCAGCGCGAGCGCUCUCCUGUUCUACCUGAUAUUAAUUUAUUUCCACGGACCGACGGCGUGUUCUGGCCUGAAUCUGACGGUGUGCUCGGUGAUUGAAUCGGGGAAUGAUAUGCUGGUGUAUAACUAUCAGCGGGCGGCUGCCGCUAUUGACCUGGCCAUUGAGUAUGCCAACGAGGUGAUCUUACCUGCUGAUCUCCGCUUGAUUCUGCGGUAUAAAAACGGGGGAACGGUGUGCGGCGCCAACAAUGUGGCGGUACGGCGGGCCUUGGAGUGGAUGAAAGAGGAUGUCCAGUGUCAUGUGUACAUUGGCCCAGGUUGUGACCGUGCCGUGGCCGAUCUGUACAGCAUCGCCACCUACCAGAACAUCCCCAUCAUAGGCGUACCCGCCGGCAACGUGGUGGGCAUCACGAAACUGGCCCGCCAGCAACUGCCGCUCCUCAUUCGCACCGCAUACUCCUUCACGGACAUCUCCCGCCUGCUCAUCACCUUCCUGGACUUCUUCAACUACACCCACACCGCCGCCCUGGUGGACGAGUCCAACAGUUUCUUUGCGGAGAUGGGCGACAUGGUCAGUUUGCAGUUCCGCACUGUCCGGUCGGAUCUGCACGCGCGGACGAAAUUCGAAUCGUUUAAGAGCGACGAGACGACGACGGAUGGCUACGCGGCGCUGCUGCGGGCGGCCAGUUUGUCGUCGCGGGUGGUACUGCUGUUCGGGAAUGCGUCGGUGGUCCGGCAGAUCAUGCUAACCGCCCGCAAGCUGAGCAUGACUACCGGUGAUUACGUCUACAUCGCCGUGGAGCUCUUCAAAAGCAAUUUCUGGGGGGACUUUACGUGGAAAUUUGAUGAUGCCAUGGACCGAGAAAGCCAGCUAGCCUACCGAUCCCUGGCCAUCAUCGGCCUGUACGAGGAGACCAAUCUGGAGUUUGCGGAGUUUGAAAGACAAGUCCGCCAGCGCGCACGCGUGAAUUACCACUAUAAUUACGGUGCAUUCGAGCAGAUCGAUCCGGUUGUUGUCAGUUUCUACGACUCCUUCAUUUUAUACGCCACCGUGGCCGGUCGUAUCUAUCAGCAAGGCGGGAAUCUGACCGAUGGCCUGGCGGUGGCCAAUGCCAUGAAGAACGUCUCCAUACCCAGUCCGUUAAAAUACAACAUCAAUAUUAAUCCCAACGGGGAUCGGUCGCGGCCCUGCGCGAUUAAGGAUCUCAGCCGGGAGACGGAAAAGUUUGAGACGAUUCUGCGGAUUGAUUAUCUGAGUAAGGAGGAAGUGUGGUAUGGGAAUUUCACGUGGCCUGGUCGAACGGGACUGCCGCCUGAUGUGCCACGGUGCGGAUUUGAUGGCAAGGCAGCCGUUUGUCAAGAAGUGGUUGUUUUGCCAAGCGGUGCAGUUGCCGGUAUCGUUAUAGCCUGUACCGUAUUCUUCGGUUUAGUUAUCGGCGGAUUCGUCUUCGUCGUACGAAAGCAUCAAGCCGAAUACGAUCCGUAUUGGUGGCGGAUCCGUACCAGCGACGUGCGUAUCUUCGACGCCAACCAUCCCAGCGUGUCGCACGCUAGCUUAAAGAAGGAACAUUCCACGAGUAUCAAUUUGUCGACAACGAAGACGGUGAAAACCGUCAUGACCCAGCGCGCCUAUGGUGUACCGGCGUCCUACAACGGCAAUGUGAUCUCCCUCACUGAGCUUCCAAAGAAAAUGUACAAACCAACCAGUGCCUUAAUACAGGAAAUGAAUCAGGUGCGCUUGUUGUCGCAUCAGAAUCUCCACCGUGUCGUCGGUAUCUGUCUGGAUGAGCAGAGCUUUUGCGAAUACAUAGCCGGUGAGCUGUGCACCAAAGGAACACUGGAGGAUGUCUUGGAGGAUGAGCAUAUUAAGCUCGAUUGGUCUUUCAAGAAUUCUCUUGUCAAAGACAUCACAGAAGGAAUGAAUUACCUUCACUCCUCUCAAGUUGUCUCCCAUGGCCGGCUGACCUCACACGCCUGCGUCAUCGACAGCCGGUUUAUGGUGAAAAUAACGGACUACGGCCUGACGGCCUUCAUCGACUCCAAGACACUCCUUCCGCCCAACAGCAGCGAGGAGACACGGGAUUAUCGGGAAUUACUGUGGCGCGCACCGGAACUCCUGCGGCAAGUUAUGCCGGUGCGCGGCACACAGAAAGGCGAUGUGUACAGCUACGCCAUCAUCCUGCAGCAGAUCAUUCUACGCAGUAAUCCCUUCUCCAGCGGAAUUUCCGAGAAUCACUCGCUGAUUGAGAUGUCGUUUUCGGACAAGGAUAUUGUCAUGGAGGUCAAGCAAGGCAAUAUCCCUCCGUUCCGGCCCAACGUACCCAAAUCCGCGUGCUCCAGCGAGAUUUAUCAGUUGAUGGAGCACUGUUGGGCGGAGCGGCCCAUUGAGCGGCCGCAGUUUAAUAAAGUCCGCGAUUUAGUCAAGAAGACUAUCGGCGGCGGGAGUGAGAAUAUCGUGGAACAUCUGCUCAACCGGAUGGAACAGUAUGCGAAUAAUUUGGAGGCGCAGGUGGCGGAGAAGACGCAGCAGUUUAUGGAGGAGAAACGCCGAUCGGAAGAGCUCCUCAGUCAACUGCUACCCAAGAGUGUCGCAGCAGCGCUGACCAAAGGCGAGAGCAUCGGUCCCGAGUCUUUUGAGAGCGUCACCAUAUACUUCAGCGAUAUUGUCGAGUUUACUACAUUGUCGGCAGCCAUUUCGCCGAUGGACGUGGUUACAUUGUUGAAUAGCCUGUACACGUUGUUCGACGGGAUUCUGGAGCAUUUUGACGUGUAUAAAGUGGAGACCAUCGGUGAUGCCUACAUGGUAGCUAGCGGCCUCCCGAUCCGCAAUGGUAACCGGCACGCCAGCGAGAUCGCCAAUGUCUCCCUACGGAUCCGAGCGGAUAUUAGCAACUUCACCAUAACCAGCCGGCCCCAGGAGAAAUUACGCAUCCGUAUUGGCAUGCACUCAGGCUCCUGUGUGGCGGGGAUCGUCGGAUUAAAAAUGCCGCGGUAUUGUCUAUUUGGAGAUACAGUUAAUACGGCGUCCCGGAUGGAGUCGACCGGCGAACCGAUGAAAAUUCAGAUUUCGGAAGAGUGCAAUCGUCUCUUAAUGAGCGUCGGAGGUUUCCUGACCACGGAACGGGGUCAAAUAAUCGUUAAGGGGAAGGGUACAUUAGUAACUUACUGGCUGCUGGACAAUGUGAAACGUGAUCGACUACAGUCCUUUACCUCCCGAGACAGGCUGUACUCGACGACAUCCGAAGUUGCCCAUUCGACCACAUCCGCGGAAGCGAAAAAAUAACUGUGAUUCUACAUAUACAUAUUGCAAUUAUUCUAUUAUUUUAACGUUGCAUUACUGGGUGGACCGUUAGCCGUGUGGCACACGUUUGACUUCCAUAUUUUUUAGAAUGAGCGAUUAUGAUUAUUGAUUACGGUGCAUUACUGUCGACUGUCAAAACGCUGGUUAUCACAUGC